GUUGGGGUUCAUUUAGUACUGCACAGGCAAAAGCAAUGACAGACCCAGCUAUCGAUGGCUUCCAAUUCAUUCUGCACGCUCCUAAUGAACGACUUUCGAAAGAGAAUCGUUCCAAGAUACGCAGGCAUGCUAUGAAAGUAGUGGGGGCGGCACGCCGUACACCAAACGACGCGUCGCAUAGAGAAUCCGCCAAGUAUUACAAAACUCACCGAGGCAUGGAAAUGUCAAGCUUGUUACCUCCUAUGCCACUCUCUGGCCUGGAGCUGCUGGUGAAAGAUCAGGGUUUGGACCCCUUCGAUCUCUCAUCGCUCACAACUGUUCAUAUAGGGCCUAUUGCCUCGUCAUUACUACAGUUAGAUUCCAGCCAAUUACCAGGCGUCUUAGCAUACAGACAAUGGUCCUAUUUCUCUCUUAUACCACCACGUUUUGGACAUGUGGCUGCGCUGGAUGAUGCGUUUCAGUGUCUCGUUACAAUUACACACUCACUUCUUGUUCCUAACCAUCGGCAGAGUGACAGAGUCAUUCUCCAGCAAUACGGGAAAGCGCUCCAAAGUCUUCAGAAAGCAGUAGAUGAACCGAAUAGUCGUUACUACUCUGAAAUUUUGUGCGCUACUGGGAUGUUAUCAAUCUUCGAACUCUUGAACUCACCAAACGGACAAUUAUGGUAUCAUCAUAUAGCAGGAGCCUCUCAAAUUAUACAAUAUCGGGGCCCAGAGAGAUUCUCUUCCGACUUUGACAUUGCCUUGUUGUUGUCCUUGGGUUAUCCUAUAUGCGCAGAGUCUCUUCUCAAUAACAAAAGUUGUUUUUUGGACGACCCUACAUGGAUUCAAGUCAUAAAGAAUGCUAUUGAUGAUCGCGAGAUUUUUACUGAUCGCUCCCCUCUCGGUAUAAGGCUUCUGACACUCAUGGUAAGAGUACCUGGCCUUGCCAAGAAAACUUGUCACGCGGUGACAAUGCAGCAUUCUCUACAACCUAGAGAUUUUGAUGCCGUAGCAGCAAAAGUGCGCAUUUUACGAUCGGAUGUUGCAGCUUGGCGCCGAGAUUUCAACAUGACCUUGAUUCACACUCCUGACACAACAAAGAAAAAUAGUACACUUGAUACUGAUAAACGGUAUGAGUUGCUUGGGGUUGCCCUCAUCAUUCAAAUUUUAGUGAGUCGAAUGAUUGUUUGUAUUUCACCAAACGAUCGCGGCCUCCUUGAAGAAGAGGUUCAGAGCUUUGCCAUUGAGCUCAAAUGUCUUCUUGGGUCUGUAAGACAUCACCGUCGAGCCGAGUUUUUCCUAACGCAAAAAGUCAAAAUUGCUAAUGCUGCGCUUGUCACGCAUGACGAUUUUGCUGCUGCAAUUGGAUGCGAUCGUGUAAUAGAGGCGUGGAAGCUAAAGAAGUUUGACAAUGCUUUUGGGAGGAAGACAUGCGAUGGAAUAACGUGUUGUGUACUGGAGGAACGAUGAAACUAUCCAAGGGUAACACUUCCCUUGUCGCGGAGAUGAUCUUAUAUCAUAUAUGCUCUUAAAAUCUUCAUGCAUGUUAACCCCCUUUUGUUUUUCUUGACAUAUACAGCAGGAACCUCCAUUGUAGCAGCGACGGAAUAGCCUUUCUUG